AUGGUCCACAUUCCAGGCGUCAGACACCGUGCCACAGAUUGUCUCUCAAGACACCCGACCGGUGAGCCAGAGAAGUUGCACCUCCCUGAUGACAUCGCUACAAUCUCUUUGACCCCUGCCAUGUUCCUGCACUCCGAAUCACUCAUGACAGGCCUCCGAACCAUGGCCCCACAAGAGGACACUGUCGGGAUUUGCACGCUUUCCUCUGCUAUGUGUGCCCUGGAGUCCCUCCACUUGAAGUCAGUCACAUGGGACCGGGUCCGUACUGCCACAACUAGUGACGACAACAUGCAAGCACUACUCGAUGCUGUUGAAGCUGGCAUGCCGGAGUUUCGUCAUGAGCUCCCCUCACCUCUCCGCGAAUAUUUCCCAUUCCGUGACGACCUUUAUACAAGUGAUGGUGUCAUCCUCUACAAAGACCGCAUUGUCAUACCACCAUCACUCCGGGAGGAACAAGUUUUGUAUGUGCUAGUCUUUGCGUGGAGGCACACUUAUUUAUCAAAGUUCCAAUCAGGGUCUGUGCCUGCAGACUACAUCACUCCAGUCAUUACAGCUCUCGGUGCCCGGUGCAACCAAUGCAACAGGAUCGCACCCUCCGACCCGCGUGCACCCCCGACCCCGUUGCUGUCUCCGGCCUACCCUUUCCAAUGCAUCUGUGCCGAUUUCUUUCACUACAAGGGCUGCAACUACCUGGUCAUCGUGGACCGCUACUCCAAUUGGCCCAUCGUUGAGAGGUCCAGUCAAGGGGCAACUGGACUCAUCUCUUGCCUACGGAGGACAUUCGUCACCUUCGGGAUCCCGGAUGAACUAGCAUCGGAUGGUGGCCCAGAAUUUACAGCGGCUGCCACACGCCGCUUUCUCAAGGACUGGGGCAUUCAUCACAGACUUUCAUCCGUUGCUUGCCCACAUAGCAACUGUCGUGCUGAGGUGGCUGUCAAAUCCGUGAAACGUCUCAUCAUGUCCAACACCAGCCCUGCAGGUGCCCUCGACACUGAUACCUUCCAACGGGCUAUGCUGCAGUACCGGAACACUCCUGACAGGGACACCAGGCUCUCCCCGGCUAUGUGUGUCUUUGGCCAUCCAAUCCAAGACUUCAUCCCCAUUGCCCCAGGCAAAUAUCCACCACACAACACAUGGCACGAGACCCUGGCAGCUCGGGAAGAAGCACUUCGUACCCGUCACAUGAGGGACGCAGAACGUUGGUCCGAGCAUACUAAACGGCUCCUGCCCCUUGCCGUCGGAGACCACGUCCGCCUCCAGAAUCAGACAGGACCACACCCACUCAAGUGGGACAGAACUGGGACUGUGAUCGAAGUUCGACAGUAUGACCAAUACGUCAUCCGAGUAGAUGGUUCUGGGAGGGUCACCCUCCGCAACAGGAAAUUUCUUCGGAAAUAUGUGCCUGUGCAACAGCACCCACCCCCACUGACUAUGGAGGAAGACAUCUCUCUACGUCACCGUCCAGCACCCGCACCCCUCUCUAGCCGUGUGGGACAGGUGCCACUCUCCCUGCGACAUACCGGCACUGCAGAUGCCCCAUGCCGCCCCCCUGAGCCUGCUUCUGCCGCUUCUUCACCUCCGCAGGCAGCCAAGGAUGCCCCUCGUGGAACGCAUCCCCUCUCUACCGUGAAGGACUCCCUCACAACGCCGCCUGAGACACCACCAGCAGCCCCCGGCUUGGAUCCGGUUCCUGCACCGAUCACUGCUUCUCCGCCUGGCACCCCUCCUACAGCACCACGGCGCUCUACCCGUCGCACCAGACAGCCUGUCUGGCACUCGGACUAUUCCAUGUGA